UGUUAGAGUUGAGAUUUUACCUUCUCUAGACUCAGAUCUCAUUAAGCUUGAUCUACGGCAUGCAGGAACGAGGGACGGGGCUUCUCGAUGAAUGCACGAAAGAUGGGACACUCGACAUGUACGGGGAGCCAGCAGCAAGAGACAGAACAGGUGGAUGGAGAGCAGGAUCUCUGGUUCUUGUAAGUGAAGGACUUGCUGCUCUUGCGUUUACUGGAAUAGAAGUAAACAUGGUGCUUUUCUCCAAAUCCGUGUUGAGGCAGACGAACGCGGAUGCAGCGAAAACAUUCAGUACAUGGAUGGGAACUCUCAACAUCUGCACUCUGCUGGGGGCUUUUCUCAGUGACUCAUACUUGGGAAGAUAUCUAACUUGUGUUGUAUUUCAAGCUGUCUUAGUCAUUGGAUUAGUGAUACUGUCUCUGUCAACUCAAGAGUUUAUGCUUGAACCAAAGGGUUGUGGAAAGAUUGGAGAUGUAUGCCACCAACCAUCACCAGCUAAAGUUGCUUGCUUCUACAUAUCUAUAUACUUGCUAGCUUUGGGGAGUGGGGCUAUAGAACCGGCAAUGGCCACACUGGGUGCAGAUCAGUUCGACGAGGAAGAUGCAGAAGAGAACAAAUCGAAAACGGCAUUCUUCAGUUACUAUUAUGUAGCUCUUAAUCUUGGAUCAUUAAUUGCGGAGACAGUUUUGGUGUACAUAGAAAAUCUAGGGCGAUGGGUGCUGGCCUUUUGGAUCUCAACCUCUUGUGGCUUGUUGGCUUUGGCUUUCCUGCUGAGUGGGACGUCUCGGUACAGACACAUGAAGCCGCCCUCUGGUAACCCCAUCUCCAGAUUCUCUCAGGUGAUCUCUGCAUCUGUAAGAAAGUUAAAGCUCGGCGUGUCCUCAAAUGGAGAAGAUAGGCUCUAUGAAGUUCGAGACAAGGAUGACAAGGAAUUUGGUCGGAGAAUAUCACAUACCGAUGAUUUCAAGUUUCUUGACAGGGCGGCGGUUAUGACUGAAUCAGACGAGAUAUUUCUAAAUAAGGGGCAAACUCCAAAUCCAUGGCAUCUUUGUACAGUAACACAAGUUGAGGAAGUGAAAUGUGUGCUGAGAUUGCUUCCAAUAUGGUUCUGCACAAUAGUAGCAUCUGUAGUAUUUGUGCAGGUCCUCUCUCUCUUUGUGGAGCAGGGAGCAUCCAUGAACACGGUGAUAAACAGCUUCCACGUCCCCCCAGCCAGCAUGACUUGCUUCGACAUCAUAAGCACUUCAACUUUCAUCAUCUGCUAUGAGAGGUUGCUUGUACCAUUAUACACCAGACUGACCAAGAGAAAGCUUAAGACUCCAAGUGAGCUGCAGAGGAUGGGAAUCGGGAUGGUGAUAUCAAUUGUUGCCAUGAUCAUUGCAGGCCUGGUCGAGCAAUGGAGACUCAAGUAUGCAGACGAAGGCGAAACGAGUUCUCUCAGUAUUUUCUGGCAAAUCCCACAGUAUGUGCUUGUGGGAGUUUCCGAAGCCUUCAUCUACGUCGCUCAAUGGGAAUUCUUCACAUCGCAGAUACCUGACAGAUUGAAGAGCUUGGGGCUGGGAUUAUCAAUGUCUUCAUCAGCUCUCGGUAGCUAUCUCUGCACCAUAAUUGUGACAGUGGUUAUGAAAACUACAGCAAAGCAUGGGAAACCCGGUUGGAUACCUCCAAAUCUGAACCAAGGCCACAUGGACAGGUUUUUCUUCUUGUCAGCUGCUCUCAUCACUUUCAAUCUCGCACUCUUCAUCACCUGCGCAAGCCGGUUUAAGUGCAUCAAACUAGAGAAACGACAUGAAGGGAAGGAAGCGCCGGCUGCUCUGCCUUGACCUCUGCUGUUAUGCCUUGACAUGAUGAAGACGACGACUCACCUUACCUUUAUCUGUAGCAUCUGCACUAGGAAAACAUGAAGAAAAGCAAGAACUGUAGAAGGGUAAACGUGUAGUCUAUGCUAUAGAGGAUGUAAGGUUUCUGGAAAUAAACAAGAAUCUUAACACCA